GCCGUUCAUGAGUGGACGUCUUUAUUUUCAAUUUUAAAAACUAAAAUUUCGCUUGAAUAUUAUAAAACAAAUCAUAACGUGUAUAAUUAUUUUACAUAGCUAUAAAGAUAUAGUCGGACAAUUCAAUUACUUUGAAAACCAUACCAGGAGUAGCAAUUGAGGUGAUUGCGAUGGCAUUACAAUACAAAGCAAUUUCAUUGCUCAUUUCUAACUCGCGAACUGGAUUUCUGAUUAAAUUUUCAUCGUACAUGUCACCCCUUCCACACUUGUUGUCUUCCGUCUGCGGUGCGCACACGCAAAAAAUAACGAAAAAUAUAUAUUACAUCUCUAAUGAUAAAGUUAAAGUUGACACCGACCUGAAAACUAUGAAGAUGAACAGAUCAUCUAAAAAGCCUGUAUGCAUUAUGUUGAGCUGGCUCAUGUCCACGCCUAAGCAAAUUAUGAAUUAUGCGAAUCUGUACCUCGAAGACGGCUUCGAUGUCAUUCGUGUGAUCUGUGAGCCAUGGCAACUUGUAUGGCCGAGAAAAGGUACACAGAUAAUAGGUCGAGAUCUCAUAAAAUUGAUGGCGGCGAACGAAGGUUCGUAUGUAGUGCACGGGUUUUCUGUUGGCGGUUAUGUGUGGUCUGAGGCUUUAGUGCACGCGUUGAAGGAAAAUAAAAUAUAUCAACCUGCUUUGAAUCGUGUGAAAGCCCAAGUAUGGGACUCAGUAGCAGAUAUUACUGCGGUAGCAGUCGGCCUCCCGAUUGCAUUGUUCCCCUGUAAUAAACCAGCACGGCAUGCGACAAAGUUAUUUAUAAAUUUUUACCUGCUCGCCUUCCGCUCGGUGGCUACCCGCCACUACGAGCGCGCGUGUGAGACGUACUACGCCACGCCUUGCCGCGCGCCCGCACUGUUCCUGCUGUCCAGCUCCGACCCUGUCGGACAAGAAGACAGGAUACGACGCGCUCACAACCUCUGGCUGGACAUGGGCAUACAGUGCACGUUGCAGUGCUGGCCAAAUUCCAAUCAUGUGAUGCAUUACUUGUCCCACCGCGAUGAGUACGUCGCGUUGGUGCGCGCGCACAUACGCAACAACAUGUGCACUACGCACUAGUGCGCCACCGCCAAUGAGAUCCUAUGCGGGCUAACGAAUACAGACAAGAUUGUGAUUUAAUUAUAGUGCUGAACAAUCAUUAGUUUAAGUAUGGAAUAAAUAUGGGUGAAAGGAUUUUUAAUACUAUAGAAAAAAGAAGAAUGAACAAGUAAGAAAGAGAAGUCUUAUGAACACUAAAUCUAGCCAUCUCUUUUUCUCACAAUUAUUGAUUUUUCAUGUUAAAUAGUAUG